CUAACUAAAUUGAUUGGAGUAGCAGUGGAAAACAAAACCCAGGUUAAUAAUUCUUUCUUGAUUAUAAAAAACCAAACCUUGUUGUGGAUUGGUCCAUCUCCACUACACUUGUUUGUUAGUCUCCCAGAUUUGCCAGCUAGGAUGUUCUUGGGACAUAUGGACGGAAUACAAAGAGCAGGGUCUUCAAAGGAGUUGCUCCUUUCUAACCCUGUGUCUGAGCGCGAUUCCGAUGAAGACGGGGAUGUCUCCGAGCAGAUACUGUAUAUAGCCUCUUUUAAAGAAUUUGCUUCAAGUGUUGUAACGUACGAUACUAUUAUAUGGGUUUCAAUAUCUCUGCUGUUAGUUUUAGCUUGGGGAGUUGGCGUAAUCAUGUUGCUCUAUCUUCCCAUGCGACGGUAUGUGCUGUCAAAAGAUUUAUCCUCACGAGAACUAUAUGUUACUUCUUCUGAAGUAGUGUACAAGGUGUCAAGACCAUCAUAUAUACCCUUUUGGGGGUUCGUUAAGGUGGAAAGGCGUAUUCCCCUAGCUCUAGCAAUCGAUAUUAUUAUUGAACAAGGUUGCUUACAAGCGAUGUUUGGAAUUCAUACCUUUAGACUCGAAAGUGUAGCCCAAGGAAAAGCUUCCUUUGUAGAUGAAUUACAAAUUCAAGGCGUUUCAAAUCCUCAACUUUUAAGGAAGGCGAUAGUGAAAGAAGCCUCAAAGAUUAUAUUACAAGAUGCAGGAAGGCCUCGGAGGGCUUCAGUUCAUGGUACCGAACCACAAAGUCGAGUUCAGACGAGAUCUUUUACGGAGGGAUCAAAUGUCUCAAGAUCACCAACAAGUUGGAAGGCAAUGAUUUCACCUCGGCCUACUUUAGCAGAAGAAAGAGGGUUGAUCCGUACAGACCUACUAAUAAACAAAAUGGAUGAAGUUUGCAAAUCUGUUCAGAAACUAGAGAGGAUUGUAGAGAAAGGUCAAGCUACCAAUGGAAAGCAGUAGAAAAGCUUGUCAAUUGAUAUCAAACAGCCAAAGAAAUAUAUAAGUAUAGAGGACUCGAUUGAUUUGUAAAUUAUUGAUUAAUGAUUGAUCCUUACUAACCAAAAAGAUUUCGGAUAGAGCUUAGAUAGAAGUGAUAAUGAUGAAUGAUUUGUCUGUUACUAGGGGUUGCUCAUUCUGUAUCGUCAAUCUUCAUCAUCCCACCAGCUUCUCUUUUUGAUGAUGAUGAUGAUGCAACUAUUAUUACAUUAUUAUUCCCGCUAUCACUGCUACUACUAGUUUCCAUAUUUGAGCAGCUAAUAGAAUUUCAGACCAGUUUUUGCCGUA